UUCGCGGCGCCCUGCACAGUCCGGUGAGUCACUGUCCACGCUGGAAUACAGAGAGAAGGGAAGGAGAGAGUGGGGAAUAGCAAACGGGAAAGAACUGGAGCUGCGAGAAUGGCGGUCGAAGAGGAAGGUCUUCGGGUUUUCCAGAGUGUCAAAAUAAAAAUCGGUGAAGCAAAGAACAUCCCUCCAUAUCCGGGUCCGAAUAAAAUGCGGGAUUGUUACUGCACAGUCAACCUGGACCAGGAGGAAGUGUUUCGAACCAAAACCAUAGAGAAGUCUUUGUGUCCAUUCUAUGGCGAGGACUUUUAUUGUGAAAUCCCACGCAGUUUCCGCCAUCUGUCCUUCUACAUCUUUGACAGAGACGUGUUCAGGAGGGACUCCAGCAUCGGUAAAGUGGCUGUGAAGAAGGAAGACCUGCAAAAAUACCACGGUAAAGACCACUGGUUCCCGCUGCAGCCGGUCUGUGCAGACUCAGAGGUUCAGGGAAAGGUUCACCUGGAGCUGCGUCUCAGUGAGGUCAUCACAGACAGCGGAGUCAUCUGCCACAAGCUGGCAACACGGGUUUUAGAGUGUCAGGAUCUGCCCAUAGUGAAUGGCCAGUGUGAUCCGUACGCCGCUGUGUCUUUACUUGGCCCCUCCAGGUCAGAAGCCAAGAAGACGAAGGUCAAACGGAAAACCAACAAUCCUCAGUUUGAUGAGGUGUUCUUUUUUGAGGUGACAAAACCGCUGAGCUACACCAAACGACAGUUCGACGUGGAAGAGGACGACGUGGACAAACUUGCGCUUAAGGUGGAUCUGUGGACCGCCAGCAAUCUGAAGUUCGGAGACGAGUUUCUCGGAGAGGUACGGGUGCCGUUGAAGGUCCUAGGACAGUCUGGUGUUCAUGAUGCAUGGUACUUCCUGCAGCCAAGAGAUAACGGCAAUAAAUCAGUGAAGGCGGAUGAGCUGGGCUCGUUACGACUCAACAUCAUUUACACGGAGGACCAUGUGUUCCCCACAGAGCAUUAUAACCCGCUCCGAGACCUGCUGCUGCUGCAGUCCACACAUGUCGAGCCCGUCUCUGCGUCUGCGGCUCACAUCUUGGGCGAGGUGUGCCGUGAGAAGCAGGAAGCCGCUGUCCCGCUGGUGCGACUCUUCCUGCACUAUGGCAAAAUCGUGCCUUUCCUCAGUGCCAUUGCCCACGCAGAGAUCAACCGCACACAGGAUCCCAACACCAUAUUCCGGGGAAACUCACUGACUUCCAAAUGCAUUGAUGAGACCAUGAAGCUGGCGGGGAUGCAUUACCUGCGGGUCACACUCAAACCCAUCAUUGAUGAAAUCUGCACGGACCACAAACCUUGUGAGAUCGACCCCGUCAAGCUGAAGGAGUCUGAGAACUUAGACACAAACAGGGAAAACCUGCGGCAGUACGUGGACCGGAUCUUUAACGUCAUCACCAGCUCGGGUGUGAGCUGUCCCACCGUCAUGUGUGACAUCUUCUUUUCACUGCGGGAGUCUGCCGCCUCACGCUUUCAGGACGACCCGGAUGUGCGCUACACGGCUGUCAGCAGUUUCAUCUUCCUCCGUUUCUUCGCCCCUGCUAUCUUGUCACCGAACCUCUUCCAUCUGCGUCCACAUCACCCGGAUCCGUGCACGUCUCGGACACUGACCCUCAUUUCCAAAACCAUCCAAACACUGGGAAGCCUGGCCAAGUCCAAAUCUGCCAAUUUCAAAGAGUCCUACAUGGCUGCCUUCUACGACUACUUCAACGAGCAGAAGUACGCCGAUGCAGUAAAGAACUUCCUGGAUCUGAUCUCGUCCUCGGCCCACUGGGAUCAGAAGAUCAUUGAGACGCCCAUCAUGCUGAAGGAAGGAUUCAUGAUCAAACGAGCUCAAGGGCGAAACCGCUUCGGUCUGAAGAACUUCAAGAAGAGAUGGUUCCGCUUGACCAACCAUGAGUUCACCUACCAUAAAACCAAAGGUAGUAACGCAAAAGGAGAGGGUGCUCUGUGCAGCAUCCCUAUUGAGAACAUCCUGGCUGUAGAGAGACUAGAGGAAGAGUCCUUCAAAAUGAAAAACAUGUUCCAGGUCAUCCAGCCAGAGAGGGCGCUCUACAUCCAGGCCAAUAAUUGCGUGGAGGCCCGCGACUGGAUCGACAUCCUAACCAAGGUCAGUCAGUGUAACCGCAAGCGUCUGAGCACAUACCACCCGUCUGCCUUCCUCAACGGACACUGGCUCUGCUGCAAGCUGUCUGCAGACACUGCGCCCGGCUGCACACCCUGCACAGGGGGACUUCCUGCCAACAUCCAGCUGGACGUGGAUGGAGACAGAGAGACGGAGAGGAUCUACUCGCUCUACAGCACGUACAUGUCCAAACUAGUGAAGAUGCAGGAGGCCUGUGGCAGUAAGUCGGUGUACGAUGGCCCAGAGCAGGAGGAAUACUCCACGUUUGUGAUCGACGACCCGCAGGAGACAUAUAAAACCCUGCGACUCGUCAUCUCAGCCGUACAGACACUGGAGCAGCAGCACAUGCAAUACAAACGAGACAAGUUCAGGAAAACCAAGUACGGCAGCCAGGAACAUCCAAUCGGUGAUCAGAGCUUCCAGUGUUACAUUCGCCAGCAAUCAGAAAGCUCCACCUACUCCAUCUGACCACGCCCACUGCAGACACUGCAACAGUCGCAUCUCAAACAGGAAACUCUUGAGUUGUGAUUGACCGGAAGGUGGCCACAGAUGAAAGCUAAACCUCUGGUGCUUUUAUAUGAUUUUAAUCAAUCAACAUCUUCCCUUGAAUGGCGUGGGCUGCCGUGCACUUUAUACGUCACACGCACCUGUGGACCAUGUAGCUCCGCCUCACGGCACGUUAUAACAUUUUAUGAUGUUUUUAAGCUAGGAUUCGACCAGAUGUCCUCUAGCUGUGGAUCAUGUUUUUAUAAACAGAGUAUUGGGCCAAAGGACAGAUCCCACAAUCCUUUGCUUUGAAAGGGUUUUGAGAUGUCAGUGGAUGAGACCUGCGGCUGAACCUGAUGAACUGUAACCAUGUUUUUAACUCGUAUAGAAAUAUCCUGCUCUGUUUCUGCCUGCACUUCCCUUUACUCACCCUUGUGUUGUCGUCACGCCAGCUGAAGCAGUGCUGCAUUGUGGGAAAUGUGUCAUGUCGUGUGUGUUAAAGCAUGCAGACGUCCUUAUGCCAGCCGUUUCCAGCAUGUGGCGUGACACUAAACCACUUUCUGAUGGUUAGUGGGUCCAGUUGUGUUCAGCAUCACAUUUCGCUUUUUAUACUUUCUGUUGUGUCUCACAGCUUGCUUUGUUUGUGUGUGUGUGUGUGUGUGUGUGUGUGUGUGUGUCUGUUUAAAUCUGAAGCAAGCUUGCAUGAGUGUGUUUCAGUUAUUAUGAUUAAUAACUUCCAUUUUAUCACAUCACACUUUAUAGAGACAUUUCAUAUGAAUGUAAUUAUUUUGAUGCAUUUCAUGAAAUCUGUCAAGAUCAUGCUUUGCUUAUAUUUCACCCUAAAAUCAAAUCUAUCUAUCUAUCUAUCUAUCUAUCUAUCUAUCUAUCUAUCUAUCUAUCUAUCUAUCUAUCUAUCUAUCUAUCUAUAUAUACAUACACACACACACAUACAUUUAAGCUUAAAGAAACUGAAAUACAUUUUACAAGCAUUAAGAGUUUUUGCAUUGCAAAUUAUUUUACAGUAAUGUAAAAAAAAUAUAUUAAGGCAAUAGAAAGGAAAUAGAAAAAAUUGUAAGGUAAUUGCACUGAAAAAUGUUUUGUACAAUUUUGCUAGUAAAUUUCACAAAUACCAAGUAACACUGAAUUGAAAGUGAAAUUCUAAUGUAGAAAAACAUCUUGAAAAACAUACUCCAAUAAUCUUUGUUUCCUUUACAUCUUUUUUUAUUGGCGAGUUUUUAUCGCUCAAUUCUGACUUUUUUUCUUUUAGUAGUUGCAAUUACUUUUUUUCUUCUUUAUCCCUUGAGAGAAACAAGCUACCAUAGUAAAGUGAAAAAUACUGAUGCGUUAUUUUCUUUUUGGAGAAACUUGAUUCUCAUUUUGGUAGGAUUUCAGCGUGAAAUAUGAGCUGGAGAUUGACAGAUUCUUCUGCACUUCAUUCUGAGUAUGGGUCCCCAUACUUGGCCACAUGUCACUUCACUUUUGUUAGUUUGGUGUUGUAUUUUGUUAAAACACGGUUCUUCUGUUUCUGUACAUCCCUCAGUGAUGCAUGUUUCAGUGCUUAGAUAUUUUAAAACGGCCCCAUUUUCCUUCCCAAAUGACAUGCUGUUUAUUUUUAUAUCACAGAAUAAUGCUUUUGGAACUCAAUCCACACACACAGUGUGAAGUAUGCAAUAAUGUCACCUAUAAGUAAUUCACCUGUAUUUGAUCUGUUGAAGGAAUUUUGAUCUCAGAUCCCUAAGAAGGGAGAGUGGUGUUUGUGUGAUGUGUGUACAGACCAACCAACCGAAUGAGACACGCGUGUUUCUUUUGUCCAAAUGAAGGCAAUAACAAAGAA